UGACUUGCCGGCGGGAUGCGCAACGCGGCGUCGCUCGUGUGCAGCUGCUGUUCAAGGCCGAGGGCCCAGACCCGGCGGGAGCUCUUCAUCGGCAACUGCUACUUCGACCGCGUGGCGAUCCGCACGUGCUGGCCGCAGAGGUUCCCGCACGUGCGGUCCCUGGUCCUGAAGGGGAAGCCGAGGUUCGCUGACUUCAACCUGGUGCCUUUCGACUGGGGAGCUCAUCCGACGCCUUGGAUCUCGGCUUUUUCGGCGAGCUACCGGUUUUUGGAGAAGCUCUUCUUGAAGCGGAUGAGCGUCUCGAACGAUGAUUUGAAUUUGAUUGGCUGUUCGCUUCCUGGAUUAAAAGAGCUCUCGAUCGUCAACUCUGAUGGGUUUAGUACCGAGGGGCUUGCUAUUAUUGCUGAAAAGUGCAGGCAGCUGAGAGUGCUGGAUCUGAUUGAGGCUUAUCUGGACGAGGUUGAAGACGAAUGGACGGAUUGGGUCUCCAAAUUCCCCCAAUCUGGGACUUGCUUGGAAUCGCUUGUGUUUGAAUGCAUCAGCGGGCCUUUCAAUUUCGAAGCCCUAGAAUCUCUGGUUGCUCGGUCGCCCAACCUCCGGCAGCUGAGGGUGCAUCAGGACUUGACCGCUGCUCAGUUGCAGAGGCUGAUGGCACGCGCCCCUCAGCUGACUCAAUUGGGCACUGGCUCUUUCAGAUCCAUGGCUGAUGUUGGAAUUGCUCCCGUGGGUGCUGCUGAUAAUGAAGUUGAGGGUUUGGCGUCGGCUUUCGCUUCGUCCAGGUCCAUCGUCUCCCUAUCGGGCUUUCGGGACUUGUCGCCGGAGCUCCUCCCUGCCAUUUAUCCGGUCUGCGCUAAUCUCAUAUCGCUCAACUUUAGCUUUGCUAACAUCGACACUGAGCAGCUGCGACCAGUCAUUCUCCAUUGCCACAACCUGCAGAAAUUCUGGGUUCUUGAUACCGUUUGUGAUGAGGGGCUUCAAAUGGUGGCCUCUGCUUGCAAGGAUUUGAGAGAGCUCAGAGUAUUUCCCAUAGAUGCAAGGGAGGAUGCGGAGGGUCUCGUUUCUGAUGUUGGCUUGACUGCAAUCGCCGAGGGUUGCCCUAAGCUUCGAUCCAUUCUCUAUUUCUGCCAGAAAAUGACCAAUGCUGCUGUGACUUCAAUGUCUAGGAAUUGCCCUGAUCUUGCAGUUUUUCGACUCUGUAUAAUGGGUCGUCAUCGCCCUGAUCACAUCACCGGUGACCCUAUGGAUGAGGGUUUCGGUGCCAUUGUCAUCAACUGCAACAAACUCACUAGGCUUGCUGUCUCUGGUCUGCUCACUGAUAAAGCCUUUGAAUACAUUGGAAAGUAUGGGAAGUUAGUGAGGACUCUUUCGGUUGCUUUUUCUGGAAAUACUGAUUUAUCCCUACAAUAUGUGCUCCAAGGAUGCCCUAAAUUGAUUAAGCUUGAGAUUCGGGAUAGCCCUUUUGGUGAUUUGGGUUUGCUCUCCGGGCUUAACCAUUACUAUAACAUGAGGUUUCUUUGGAUGUCUUCGUGUAGGCUAACUCUGAGGGGUUGCAAAGAAGUAGCCGAGAGGUUGCCUAGAAUGGUGGUGGAAGUGAUCAGAGAUCAUCGCGAGGAUAAAGAUGAUGAAAUUGUGGGGAAAUUAUAUAUGUACCGGUCUCUUGCUGGACCUAGGAAUGAUGCCCCGCCUUUUGUGAAGAUAUUGUAGGUUAAUUUACUCGUGGGUUCCUUAAAGGGAGAGAUUCUAAUGGGGUUUUCACUGCCCAUUAGAUUGCUCAACGAAGGGAACAUAGGUUGUUGAAUUAUUUCCAUUCACUAUUAGUUUCCCUUUGUGCUCAUUCGAUUGGAGAGGUAUUUUUUUACCAAUGAAUGAAUUCAAAUUGAGCUAAGUUCUGUGAUCGAUGAAUGGAUUCAAAUGGAGCUCAAAGUAUGGGGAAAUUACUGCAAAUGCUGCGUCAGUUGGUUUUAUACACAUACUCCUGUAACAUGAAGAUGAUGAUGAUGAUGACGAUGACGAUGAAUCUUGCUGCAACACAAUGAUCCCUGAACAAAGGAUGGUGCCAAUGGAUUCUUUUCUUUGAAUUCGAGAAUUGAGCUCCAACGGCGAGGUGAAAUAUUAAAAACCCUGAAAUUUUUCUUAGUUAUGUCUCAUGUAGCAGUCUCUGUUAAGUGGUCGGUCCAAGAGUUUAGUUAGUCUUCUUUCUUAGAAUGCUUCUUCUUCUUAGUUCUAUUUGAUAUUUGAUAUGCUUCUGUUAUCGUUUGAUCCAUAUAUGAUGUGGCUGAGGACAAACAUUUUCUGUAGGAAUUGUAAGGGAGUUUGUUAUUCAUUAUCUUUCCAUCUUCAGAGAAUUGUUUCAUUUGUAGCAAUUACUUGAUGAGCUGAAAACUAGAAAUUAGCAAACA